AUGCAUGCUGCGGUUGUCUUGAUACUAUACAAAGCCGUGAUCAUGUUUAUCCAACCAGUGCUAUUCCUAUGGAUUUUAAAAUUCUUUUCAUUAGCUUUUGUUUGGCUUGUCUGUAUAAGCUUUACACUUACAUUGCACUCUUCUUUAUUCUCAGAGCUCAAAACAGAUCUAUUUGAAGAUAAUUCUACUCAAGAGUAUUUAUUCACGGUAAUUCUGGCAUGGACUCAUGCUCGUUCAAUCAGUUAUUUGGUUGAUAGUCGCUCCGAUGCUUACAAAAAUAGAUUUAUGAAGUUUUACCACUAUUGCUUCUAUCUUCCCUUAUUGCCAACGGGGCCGUUAAUGCUUUAUCGGGAAUUUAAAGCAUCUCUAGAAAAUCCUGUGAGUCAGAAUUGUAGUUUAAUUCACGUAACUAAGAGCAUAGCACUCAUCGCGCGCUACCUCUUUUGGUGGUUCUUUCACCAGUUUGCCUUACAUUAUUUUUAUCAUAGCGCGUUGCAGUAUCACAUUGGAAUUGUUCGGCACUUGGAUAUUUGGUCGGCUGCAGGACUCGGUUACACGCUUGGGCAGUUUUUCAUGACCAAAUAUUUGGUUUUGUACGGAUUGCCAUCCUCAUUGGCGAAAUUGGAUCAUAUUGAUUCACCUCCUCCUCCCAAAUGUGUAGGACGAAUUCAUCUCUAUUCCCAAAUGUGGCGCGAUUUUGAUCGAGGACUGUACAAUUUCAUGCUGCAUUACAUCUACAUUCCAUUCAAAGGGACUUCAGACAAAGUCUGGGCGAAGUUGAUGGGAACGGCUUUAUGUUUUGGUUUUGUCUGUAUAUGGCAUGGAGCUUCAACUGCAGUGGUGAUUUGGUGUGUGUCAAAUUACUUUGGCAUUUGUCUGGAAACAAUGGCCAAAUAUCCCUCUACUUGCUGGCCUAUUGCAAAUUGGAAAGCAAACUGGUCCACGCCCAAUUGGCUACGUUUCCAAGCAGCUGUAGCUUCACCACUUCUCCUCGUGUCAGCACUUUCCAAUUUUUGUUUCUUUACGGAUGCCAAAGUUGGCUACGUCUUGACCCAAAAAGCUGUUUACGAAGGCGGAAUCUUGAGGCUACUGUGUAUUGUAAUGGUCAUGUAUUGCUGCUGUCACGUCUCCAUGGCUCUAAGUCGUCGCAGUAAAAAGAAUCUCAUUUGUCAAGCACAUCGAGACUAAUUUCAGGUCACUGAAUUUAGAGAAAAAGUGCAAUUAGUUAUCUUUGCCAGUAAAUUUGUUAUUGAUUUUUCGUUGAUUCCCUUCACUUCUCCUAAUUUUCAUUCUCGUGCGGUAACCAUUUGAAUGAAUAAAUUAAGAAAAACUGCGGAUGGAAAGCACUAUCUAACCCGUUCCGUGAUAGUGAUAACCAGAAAUAAAAUUCAAAAUUGAA